AUGGAUCAGCUUGCUCCCGAAUUGGUGGACCAUCUCUGCCUCUUUUUGGACAGACCAUCCCUUUGCUCCUUCCGCCUCACUUGCAGGGCCUUUGCUGCCAUAGCUGAAGAACAUCUCUUUCGCGACUUCGAGUUUCGUCUGUAUCCCAACCACCAUAGACUGUAUCAGCUGGAGCAGCUGGCGGCAAGGCCCUCGAUAGCAUCCCGACUACGCUGUGUCUCCUUCGAAUCUGGUAUUCAGCUAGAAUAUGCCGACUAUCGAUAUUGGCAGGCCGGAGAAUAUCACGAUAAGCAGAUCGUCUGGGAGCGAAGCCUUGUCGGAGCCAGCAGGGACGAGUACACCCAGUUUCACGAGCGUCUUCAAGCCAGGUUCACCACGGACCUAGGUCGUCGUUAUGAUCUCUACCGUUGGCAUCUCGAUCAACAAGCAGCAUCCAUGGCCGAAUCACGCGUGAGAAAUGUCCUGAUGCGUACGAUGGGCACGCUCAAGCAGUCGAGCCCCAACUUGCGACUCAAACUGAUAAUGGCCGAGCCUCAGAUCAGACUGGAAGACCUGGAGGCAUUCGAUCCUGAGAAGUACGCCAGCGACAAACCCUAUGAUCCCGAUCCGCGUCGGAGAGUUGCUAAUCGCCGCCAACACUGCCUGGAUCAUUUUAUCCAUUUUCUGCAGGCGGCCAACCUCUCGGGCUGUGAAGUAGCUAACCUCACGGCCAUCGAUAUCCCACAGCAACUUCUCGCCGUCGGUACUAUUCAUGGCUCUCAAGUAUUGGAGGAGACCUUCCAGGGGCUGAAGGCCCUUACCAUGAAAAUCAGCACUUUCCCUCACAGUGACUGGCUUUCUCGAAGUGGAACUGGGGAAAUCUACUUCGCCGGGAGAAAUCUGGCGGCAACAAGGCUCAGGAUGUUGUUGAAUCAUACCUCCGAGCUGGAGCACUUGGCCCUAGAAUUCCCCCCAGGACAAGAGUCUGAGUACUCAUUUGAUUUUUUCGAUAGGACGAACAUCGACCGUUUCCCCCGGCUGUGGCUACCGCAUCUCAAGUCUCUUUCACUCUGUCUUUUCAGAUGUACUUGGGAAGACUUGGCGGCUCUCCUGGGUGAGGGUAAAAAUCUCAAUUCAGUGGUGAUGAAGAACUGUCGGCUUGAGACCGGCUCAUUGAUAGAUGUGCUUGAGCAUCUUCGCAGGAAACGCCUUCGGAGGGUUGAGUUGCUUGGGACCUGGUACGUGGAUGCGGACUGCGGUGAAUGGCAUUCUCACAGUGAAGAAGAUUUCACAAGUUGCUUUGCUGCCACCUCGUACGAGGGCCCGUACGCCCAUACCGGCAUGCGGUCCAAGAUAGACGCGUUCCUCAAUGGCAGAGGAGAAUGUCCCCUGCCACGAUGGACCACAGAAGAUGAUCCUCCUCAAUCUACCGGACGCGACGUGACGCGACGCAGAUCAAACAAAUACGAGCUCACACUGUUCUCCCAGUUUGAUUUUCUCUUGUAUAUACCUGUGUUCACAGAACUCCCCACCGUCAUUGGUGCUCGCUCGUCGCUGCACAUCUCGCCGACCUCGCCGAGCGGCCGCUACUGGGUCCCACAGCCUCGUGACGCGCAGUCUUGUCGGACUAGCCACAGCACGGCCGCAACCGAUCAGCCGACCCUCGCGAGAAGUACCUGCGCCGCGGAAGAAGUGGCGGAAACCCAGACUCUUGACCGACCGACCCACACCUCUAUUGGAGAGUCCCCAGACAGAGACGAUAGCGGAAGUGUCUACCGACCAGAGCGACUGCGCUAUCCAAUCUUCGAGGUCCAGCUAGGCACGUACCGAAUCAACUAUUUAUCUAAGCCGAUGACGGAACAAGAAAUGCAGCGCAAGAUGCCCCUGCUCAAACUAUCCGUGUUCUUGUACCACCUGGGCUUCGCGGCGCUAGUAGUCUAUCUGCUACUGCUUCUCCGCUCGACGCAUCGAGAUCGAAAAGCCACAUAUGUCAAGACAUUGGAAGCGGAAGUAGCCAAACUUCGAGCUCGCGAUUCCGCGCAGGAUGCCCAAAUCCAAGCGUGCCGCAACACCAUCCGCCGUCUCAAAGAACUGAUCAGGUAUCACAAGAUUCCGUUGCCGUUGGAUUUGGCAUCAGAUCCCCAUAUCCAAAGCCCACAGGCCACCAUCGAGUUGCUCGGCUUUCCGGAUUCUCGGACACAACAGAUUCGUGCCCAGAUGCCACCUGAAACCGACUCGGGAUUUUUGGGUUUCGCCCCCGGGGCACAAAAUAUAUUAACUUCCUCCGACCUCCCCUAUGAUACCCUGCAUUCUGGCUCUACCACUUCUUCUAGCGAUCUGUUUUCUGGAUUGACCAUCAGCGAGGCUCCCACUAGUCUCCACGCCCCCAGCAUCUACUCACAAACUGCCAGCACUGCUCCCCCCGUGCCCCCAAUUUCGACCUCGAUGCAUCACCCACAAGGCCUCGGCGCCACGCAGGUGGGAGUCGAUUUCGUGCUUGCGCUGGAACACGUCUGUUUGGAACACCACGCUGCACACGCCACCACAGACGACGGCUCAGGUCACGAAAUGAUGCUCAUGUCUCCGAUCAUGUGGCAUUCCCCCGCUCGCUCCCAACCUGCCCGGCCUGCACAAACUGCCAGUUCAGCACACCCAUCUGGGCCAACGACGGCAACCACGGAGUCUGGGCUACCGACGGGAACAAGGUGGAACGUUCCCGCGAUGGAAUUGGAAAAACUACUUGAUUUCUCUGAUAAACUGUCUCUGGAUGGUGAGAUCACGCCCGUAGAAGCGUGGCAGAGGGUCCGCCAGCAUCCCAACUUUGGAGAUUUAACGAGAGAUGGGCUGGAAGCGCUAAAAGCGACCUUGUUGCCUGAGGUGCAUUGUUACGGGUGA